CCAGCCCUUUGUUGUUGUUCUCACGCUAACAUGCGAGAUCCGUAGACCCGACUCGACUGCGCGGUCACAUCCCGCCCCGACUUCCCCUCUGCGAGCGGCCUGGUGGUUUGAGAUGAGUAGAAGAUGUCGGUUUCGGGGCUGAAGGCCGAACUGAAGUUUUUGGAGUCAAUUUUUGACCCAAACCACGAACGAUUCAGAAUAAUAGACUGGAAACCAGACGAACUCAGUUGCCAAUUCAACGUAACAGGGGAGAAGCUGCUGAUCAUUCACUGCAACAUCACGGAAUCCUAUCCCUCAACACCUCCAAUAUGGUUUGUUGACUCUGAUGAUCCUAGUCUGGCUGAAGUGUUGGAGCGCUUAGAGGAUGUGAGAAAAGGCAGCACACUGCUUCUUCAGCAGUUGAAGCGCCUCAUUUGCGAUCUCUGUCGGCUUUACAACCUGCCACAACAUCCAGAUGUAGAAAUGCUCGAUCAGCCUCUACCUGCUGGCCCGAUCACACAAGAGCGAAAGCAUGGGCCGCCAGAUGAGGUGACAUCUGAAGAGGAAGAGGAGGAAGAAAUGGGAGAGGACAUUGACCUGGACCAAGACCUGGACCAUUAUGACAUGAAAGAAGAGGAGCCGGUAGAUGGGAAGAAGUCAGAAGAUGACGGGAUAGAAAAAGAAAAUCUGGCCAUCUUGGAGAAGAUUCGUAAAAACCAGAGACAGGAUCACUUGAAUGGUGCAGUGUCUGGCUCUGUGCAAGCCUCAGACCGCCUAAUGAAGGAACUCAGGGAGAUCUACAGAUCACAGAGUUACAAGACGGGUAUUUAUUCAGUCGAACUAGUCAGUGACAGCCUUUAUGAAUGGCAUGUCAAGUUAAGGACGGUAGAUCCUGAUAGUCCAUUACAUAGUGACUUGCAGGUCUUAAAAGAAAAGGAAGGAAUAGACUACAUUCUGCUCAAUUUCUCUUAUAAAGAUAAUUUUCCUUUCGACCCACCUUUUGUGCGGGUUGUCUCACCUGUGCUCUCCGGAGGCUAUGUUCUCGGAGGAGGGGCCUUGUGCAUGGAGCUUCUCACUAAACAGGGCUGGAGCAGUGCCUAUUCCAUAGAGUCUGUCAUUAUGCAGAUAAAUGCAACUCUGGUUAAAGGAAAAGCCAGAGUGCAGUUUGGAGCCAAUAAGAACCAGUACAAUCUUGCCAGAGCACAACAGUCGUACAAAUCCCUUGUGCAGAUACAUGAAAAGAACGGCUGGUACACACCACCUAAAGAGGAUGGAUAAGGAGCUACUACCACUAUGCACUGAGAACAUGUCUUUGGGUCAAAGUAUCUUGUUUUCUUUGGAAUAUCCCCUCCCUACCCCUCCUCCAAUUAAACUGGGGAUGUAUCAUCUUUCUCUCGGAAACCAUCUUGCUGGCUCAUCUGACGAGUAUUCCUUCGCCCUGCUCCAGGAAAGACUUUAAUCUGGUAUCACUUGGCUUCUCCCCUCAGUGUUUUAGUGAGGAGGAUGAUGUGAGGUUAUCACUAGUCCUGUUUUCUAAAUAUGCUCAUUUGUCUUAAAAAAACACUUUUCUCCCUUUAAAGGUGGGGAAAUGCUUUUCUUUAGCUGCUUUGAAAAAAAUGGGCUUCACAGUUACCCCUCUUUAAAUGGGAAUUUUAAAAGAAGACUCGUUCUGAGGCUCUUGAAGUGGCACUUCACUGCACCACCUGUUUUUAAUUGAACCCCCCUUCUGAUCCCGCCUUUUUUUGUUUAGGAAAUAUAACUGGUACAUAAAUGCAAAUAUUGUUUUAGAACUAUUAUUUGGCAAUUGUUUUUAUUAUUUUGACCGUACUAUAUAAUAAAAGAGACAAUUUUCUUAUUUUGGAAGCUUAUCUUUAAAUUGAGAUGACCCACCACUCUGUAUCUUUUAACUCUUUUUAGCAACAAUAUUGGGCCAAGCAGAAUCAAAAGUGUUGUCGGUGAACAAAUCUACCAGCGAUUAAUCGUAAAACAGGGCCAACAGACAUGAAACAUCUCAGAAUCUGCAUUUUGCAUAUCUUGGGAAGAGGAUGCGUUUGGUUUAUUUUCACCAGACGUUAUAGAAUCUGAGCUACGGCAUCAUUUUGGAAGUUCUAACAGAUUUAAUGUUGAAGUUAAAGGGUUCUUUUUGCCUUACUUCUGUUAACACAUCGGCCCCGCAAGUGCUCAGUUCGGCAGUUGGUCUUUCUGUUGAUUAUAGCUGUGGAGACUGAUGGCUAGUGUGAUGCUGAAAAUGAAGCCCUGUGUGUACAAAGUUAACAGCAUGUUGCACAGGAGCGUCACCUCAAUGGCUGUUAUAAAACAUAGUUCAGUGUGAUUACAGUCGCCGUGCUUGGGUGGGCUUUGCAGAGGGAAUGAAGGCUGUUUGCAUGUUUUGUUUUGUUUUUUUUUCCUUUGGUGAUUGUUGUUCAUCUCCCUGCCCAGUUCUGCAGAAAAUGUGUAUGUCAUAUCUUCCUGACAUACAUCGAUUGUAGUGGUUUGCUCACGCCCUGUUUAGAUCUGAAACUGCUACCCCGUUAUAUGUCACAUUCAACAGGACUCCUUUUGCCACAACAUCAUAGUGUUUUGGUGUCACUUUAAUGGUAACAAGAAAGAUCAUUUGUAGUAUGAUAAGAACUGAUGUGAAUCUCUGUACGUUUUAACUUUGACCACGCAAUAUACAUGAUCAGUACUGCUGUUCCCCAUACUACAGGACACACACUGUAUCUAUCAAUCUGUUGGCUCUUUUGCAGUUUAUUUGUUAACACUGUCUGCAAAAGUACAUUCAAAUGGCAACUCAGGUAACAAUAUUUAGAAGGGGAAUCUGUACAUGUACAUGUUGGGCUUUGGGUUAUUUUGUGGGAUGAAUUAACGCUCUGUUCACUCUGGUGUUUUGGCUUACCCACUAAACUUAUGUCAAAAACAGAAAACGUAAGUUUUACAAUAAUAUGGGCCAAAUGUCUCUUAAUUCAAGGGAUCUAAGGAGGAAAUUUAUAGAAAGAUGCCAUUUUAACGGGAUUGCUUUAGCAUGAUGACCAGCACAUGUGAUGGCUCAUCAGUACCCAAUAUAGUAUUUAUAGGGACUGGGCUCCUCCUCUUCUUCCUCCUCUUCCUCUCCAUUGUCCUCCUCCUUUAAAAUUCCUUGCCCUUGGCGUCUAGGGUUGAAUGUUUGAGCCUUUGAUGAUGAAGAAUGAACAUCUUAAACCUAAUCAAGCACUAUGCUGGGAACCCACUGCCCUGCAUGCUUUAAAUGUCUCCACUUGCAACACACUUGACUCAAAUGAUCAGCUCUUCAAGAGGCUCUGCAGAAGCCUGAUAACGACUCAUUUAUUUGAAUCAGGUGUGCUGAAGCAGGGAAACGUAUGAAACAUGCAGAGCAGGAAUGAGAAACACUGGAUUAGAGAGAAAGGUUUUUUUUUAAUUUAAGAAGUUUUAAGCAACUAUGAUCCGAGUUGUUCUGCUGAGAGGCUCUCGUGUAGUUAUCAUCACCAUGUGUGAAGCCACCUCAUGAUUCCUGCUCUGUCGGGGCAUUUCUCUGGGUUGCUCACCAUGAUCAUGAAAUGCCAUUGGUGGCAGAAGCGGUGAGUUUAAGACCCUGGUGAUGCAGAAUGAACAUCUUGCAUCCACUCUGGUGUUGUGUCGUGUCACUUAGAGACAUGACUUCAAGGUUUAAUGAUCAUUUUGGUCCAGACAGUUCUCCUCCUUUUCCUGUAUUUCUCAAUGGUCUCCCACUGCUUUCACUUUUCCUCUUCGAAAUGCCCGGUCCCGACUCGCUGCUGCACAAAAGCUAUGACUCGCUUUUUUUCCUCCCAAGUCCCAAUGUAGAUUUGAUUUCAGUGUGUGAUCAGUCCUUAUGCCCCUGCUCCACAGCCUUUAUCCACCUGUAUGAUUGCUUCCUCCUCCAAAAUGCCAAAACUCUGGUCAGAGGGGACAUUAAGAGACGAUUGAAGUUUGAUAGACAUGCCGUGGUGAAUAGACUUGCACGCUUCUCUAACUGGACUGUGUGUUGAAAAGAUUCAUUUAUCUCACUUCAAUUCAUUUUCUAGCACCAACAAACAGAUUAUCAAGUCUGUUGCUGUUGGCUCGCUUUGGUUUUAUUUUAUUUUUCAUUUUCCAUUUGAAGAAAUUUUGACCAUGUACAGUAAUUUGUAAACUUGCAUCAAGUUUAUGAAUAAAGAAUUUUAAGAUUA